CCGAGGCAGUGGCGGGCGGUUAGGUCCGGUAGUAUCCUGUCCUUCCCUGGCCCGCCCGCCAUGACCAUCACCUACAGCUGCAUUGCCAACGGCCGGACGGUGCUGGCGGAGCUGGCCCUGACUGGCGGCUGCUACCAGGCAACUUACAUCCCAGACCAACUACUUCCUUGGCUGAUGCAUAGUCUUCUAUACUUGUGUAUCUCUGCCACUGGACUUCAGGACAGGGUCCAUCUUCAUCUGUCUUCACAGUGCCCAAUGCCUACCAGUUCACAGUAUGCUAUCAGUCAACAUUUGUAAAGCUGAGUUGCUCCUUGAUGAACCAAUCAGGGCACUGGUAACUUGGGAGGGAACAAAACAACCUUCAAAGUUAACGCCAACCAUUGGUUUUCAGGAACCUGCCGCCAAAGUGCUCCGGCUAGUGCUCCUCCGAGCUGAGCCCAGGACCAUCGUUCCAAUGGGAAGCUAUGUCUACCAUACUCUCUUUACUGAUGGAAUCACUUACUUAUGUGCUACAGAUAAUGCAUUGGAUACUGUGGCACCAUCUGCAUUUCUUACAAAUGUUAGUGACACCUUAACAAGAAAUCCUUUGAUGUCACAAGAACAGUUUUAUCCUUGCAAUGCAGUUUCGGCAGAUUUUCAACAAGUUUUAGGAACAUAUAUGAUGAAGUACAAUAAAAAUCAAAGUAACAGAAUGAGUUCCACAAUGAUGAUUCAAGUGACUGAUGUAAAAAAUGUUUUGACACAAAAUGUUGAAACAAUUUUGGAAAAAGAAGAAAAAUUGAGUAUCUCCCUUGAUUGCACAGAUGACCAGCAAACACCUGGCUUUUACAAAAAAACCUGGUGGUGAUUCUUCAGUCAAGGAUGCUCAGCAAAGCUACAAGGCCAGAGCAGGGAGGCCCCUGAAGGUAUCCAGGAAAACUGGGAGAAGGCACCCCGUUGUGGUUGGUCUUUAAAUGAUGUACGCCCUACAAGUCUGCCCACAUCCCUUUCCUAUGUUGUCUGCCUAGCAUGUGAAGGCACCGACACACUAUACGCAAGGCUUCCACACCAUUUGGACAGUUAACAAAUGUGGACUUCUACUUUCCACCACCUAACAAUCUCACAAGUACUUGAAGAUUCUGCUC